AUGAUGAAGUUAUAGCUAUUAAACCAGAGGCAGUUAAAGAGAUUUUCAACAGCUUGACAAAAAAUGAUAAGACACUUGGAGAUUAUCACACAGAUGCAAAGGAAGAUAAAUUUUGGCAAUUUGAAUCUUUUACCGACCUAGUCAGAGAGCCUGCUCAUAUUCUUCUAGAAAUGAUGCAAGAUUUAUUUGAUGGUCACGAAGAUGCUUGCGAAGCAACGCUAGAGCUUUUGGAGGAUCUGACGGACGGAAAUUAUCUAAAACCCGUGAUAUGGAUGGAAAACAAAGAAUUCCCUGGGAAUUGUGGAUUUUCUCUUGGUGUUCGACCCUUUCUCCGACCGUUAUACGUCCAUACCCGGCUGCGGGAAGUAAGAAAACAUCGCAAAAAUGAUUUGAAACUUGCAGAGGUGAACGGCUAUCAAUGCGUUGACAGAAAAGACUUUAAAAGAAACCCAAAUUUGGCUAAAAAGAAGUCUAAAUACAGAAAAAGCGGAAAUGGAAAACCGCGUAGAAAAAUGAGGCCCUGCAAAAGUUGUGAGAUUUUUUUCGAUAGUCCUCCAACCCUGUCAAGGCGUUCGGUUGCAUUGGAAAGAAACCUUGGUGUCUUCGGGAAUUGUGCUGAAUAUGAUGUUAUUAAAACUCGUAAAUUAGAUGAAUUGCUCGGUUCCACUGCAAACACUUCCUGGAAAGAUUUCGAAUCAGCCUGCAAUGAACAUUUAAGAGCAUUCAACGAUCUCACGAGGAAGACUGGUGAGAAUCAAGAUCCAUAUCCUGUAUUGAAAGAAUAUUUUGAAAGUACGCGUAAGCCGAAAAACGCAAAAGUUCUAAGAUACGAAUUGAAUUCUGAAAGCCAAAAUUAUAAAUUGCAAGCUAAGGACUGGAGACCAGAAGAGUCUGAUAACUGAAACCCAGCUUGUUGUUAAUGAACUAUUUGUUA